AUGCCGUCCAAAAGCGAUGCAAACGGCGCUCAGCUCAAGAAGCGCUCCAACAAGAAUGCCAAAUCAACGACAAUACCAUCACCGCCCAAGUCGACCACAGCUUCGAAAUCACCACAACCCAAGUCACGGUCCAGGAACGUGUGGCGGUUGCUUUCUUGGGCAUGCUCAGCCGCUCUCUUUCUACUCGCCUUCCUUACCUACAGAAACAAGGGCGCACUACCAACACAUCUACUCUCUCGAUCCUCUUCGCCUCCGCUCUCGCAAUCCGCCACGCACGCACGCACACCUCCGAAAGAUGCCUGGGCCAACCAGGCCAAGCCUUUCAAGCGAGGACCGUCGCUGCCGCAUACGUUACCGCCAGCACGGCCGCUACCUCAACAGCCGGUGCGCAAAGCCGAUCCAGAUCGACGAGCCGCCAUUCUCGACGCUUUCAACCACUCAUGGUCUGCAUACAAACGAGAUGCUUGGGGCUACGAUGAGUACCACCCUAUCAGCAAGCAUGGGUCCAACCUCAAUGGCAAGCACGGGCAAGGUAUUGGCUAUACCAUCGUCGACACGCUCGAUACGCUUAUCCUCAUGGGUCUGAAAGACGACUACGAACAAGCACGCAACUGGGUCCGAGACGAGUUGAAGUGGGAUGUUCCGGGACGAAUGAACGUGUUUGAAACCACCAUUCGCACCCUGGGCGGUCUUCUUUCGGCCGCAGCAUUGAUACAGGAUCCGCCGCACCCUGCGUUUACGCCCAGCCAAGAAGACGCCGACAUGUUUAUCGCAAAAGCAGUCGACUUGGCCGAUCGCCUGAAGCCCGCUUUCGAUACUCCCUCUGGUGUUCCUCUUCGCGAAGUCGACUUGGAAACUGGCGAGGCCUUCCCAGAUAUUAGCAACAACAACUCAUCAAGUCUAGCAGAAGCGACUACUGUGCAGCUCGAAUUCAAGUACCUUGCCCAUCUCACCGGCGAUCACGAGUAUUGGCGCAUCGCAGAGCGUCCCAUGCAAGCCGUCCGCACUGCCGCUCAACGUUUGACGCACUACCAGGGACUGCUGCCGAUCUUUUUGAACCCGAUGAACGGCCACUUCUAUAACGGCGAAGUGCGACUCGGCUCGCGUGGAGACUCGUACUAUGAGUACCUCAUCAAGCAAUGGCUUCAGACAGGCCGCACGGAGCAGGUCUAUCGAGAAAUGUACGACUACGCACUUAACGGCAUCAAGCUUCUUUUGACCAAGCCAUCGGUCCACUCCAAACCGCCGCUCAUGUUUACUGUCGAGCUUGCACCGAGGAGGAUGCGAGAUGGACGGUCGUUUAUGCAGCUUGUGCCAAAGCAAGACCACCUCGUGUGUUUCUUGGGCGGGUCGAUGAUGUUGGGGUCCACCUCGACAAAAGACAUCUUUGGCGAUGUCACCAAGCUGCCGCUGCCUCCCAUCUCGGACGUCGGGACGGGCGACGAGACGGACAAGGAGGACUGGCGACUCGGUCACGAGUUCGUGCGCACCUGCAUGGACACGUAUACCAACACCAAGACCGGUCUCUCACCCGAGAUCGCCUUCUUCAAGAUCCCUUCCGAUGCCAACUUGACCGAUGCGCAGAUGCUCGCUUCCAACCGCGCGCCUCUUCCGCCCAAUGUCGACUGGUACAUCAAGAAGCCACCUCCCUCCUACUCGGGCCGACCCAAUCCGCUGAUUGACGCGCGCAACAUUCUCCGCCCGGAAACGGUAGAAUCGCUCUUUAUCGGCUUCGCGCUCACGGGUGACGAGAUCUAUCGCGAGUGGGGGUGGCAGAUCUUCCAAGCGUUCGAAAAGCACUGCAAGGUCGAGUCGGGCGGCUACUCGAGCAUUGACGACGUCGACUCGGACGAACCCCGCCAGAUGGACAAGAUGGAGACUUUCUGGCUGUCCGAGACUCUCAAGUAUCUUUACUUGUUGUUCUCGGAUCGAGACUUGUUGCCGCUCAACAAGUGGGUGCUCAACACGGAAGCGCAUCCGCUGCCUGUGUUUGAGCCCAAGUUUCCGACCGGUUUCAGCUAG